AUGACGGGGUCGGAUCCUUCGACGAGAGAAAGGAUUUUCGGAUUUCUAGUGACGAUAAUCGGAGUGACGCAGCGAAAGUUGUACGCCAAGUUGUCGAAGUGCGAGUUCUGGAAGGAAGAAGUGAAGCUCUUAGGUCAUGUGGUGAGCAAGAGAGGAAUGAUCGCAGAUCCUUAUAAGAGAAGACGGAUGGAGUUGCUAAAGGAUUAUGAUUUUGAACUAAGUUAUCACCCUGGAAAGGCAAAGGUGGUCGUAGGUGCAUUGGGUCAGAAAUCUUUAACAAUUGCUUGGGUGAGAAUCAAGGAAGAGGAGUUAGUGGAUAAGUUUGUGGAUCUUAAGUUGGACAUUGGUGAGGUAGCCGAAAGAGCUUGUUUGAGCCAGUUGCAGAUUUCAAGCACGUUUAAGACGGAGAUUCAGAGGGCUCUGCAAGAUGAGCGGAAGCUUCAGAAGUUGUUGCAACCAGUUAGUGAUAAGAGGUGUGAAGAGUUCACUAAGGAUGGUGAAAGAUUGUGGAGAGAUAAGGGGAAAGUUUGUAAUCAGGAUGUCAGAAGUUUGAGACAAGACUUGUUGUUGGGGGCUCACUAUAGUGGAUUUUCUGUUUAUCCCGGAAGCACGAAGAUGUAUUGUAACUUAAAGAUGUUCUGGUCGCCUGGGAUGAAAGGUGAUGUAGCUACAGUGGCAUCCAAGUGUUUGACGUGUCAGAAGGUGAAGAUAGAGCAUCAGAAGCCGUCAGGAAUGAUACAGCCUCUUGAGAUUCCUCAGUUGAAGUGGACUAUGAUGCGGUUUGGGUGA